AUGUCUCUCGUACACUUUCAAGUCCUACUUCUUAGUGUACUUAUAACACCCUCCACCCUUUCCAUAGCUAACUUUCUUCCACAUAGACAUCAUCGACGCCCCUCACCCUUGCACUUCCAUUGCAAACCGCCGGUGGUGGUAAGGUCACCGCCGGUGGUGGUAAGGUCGCCACCGGUGGUUAGACCAACAACACCUGCAUAUACCCUGCCUGCUCCAAUACAAGAAUCACCACCAAGAAGACCCUAUGGUGCACCACCUAUGUACAUAGUUCCGCCAAUCAACAACCAACUACCGCCAUCGCCUGUCUACAAGCCACCACCAUACUUCAAUAACAAUCCACCGUCAACAAGACCUAUUCGUGAACCACCUGUUUACAUGGUACCACCAUUCAACAUCAAACCACCACCAUUACCCGUCUAUAUGCAACCACCGGAUAUCGAGUAUACUCCACCAGCACCAAGGCCUAUUCGUGUAUCACCACCUAUGUACACGGUACCUUCCAUUAACAUUGAGCCACCACCAUUUCCUGUCUACUUGCCACCACCAGAGUUUGAGAACAAUCCACCACCAACAAGACCUAUUCGUGUUGAGCCACCAAUCAUCAACCAACCACCACCAUCUCCUGUCAUGCCACCACCAGAGUUUGAGAACAAUCCACCACCAACAAGACCUAUUCAUAUUGAACCACCAAUAUACAUAGUACCACCAAUCAUCAACCAACCACCACCAUCUCCUGUCAUGCACCCACCAGAUUUUGAUAAUAGCACACCACCGACAAGAGAUAUCCAUGUAGCACCACCAAUGAACAUGGUACCACCUAUCAACAUGGGACCACCAUCAUCUCCGGUCCCUAUGCCACCACCAGAGUUUGAGAGUAGUCCACCACCAACAACACCUAUUAGCGUGGAACCACCAAUAUAUAUAGCACCACCUAUCAACAUUCAACCACCACCAUUACCUAUCUACACACACCCACCAAAUUUUGAUAAUGGUCCACCACCAAACAGACCAAUUCAUGUAGCACCACCUAUAUAUGCAAUACCACCUAUCAACAAGGAACCACCACCAUUGCCUGACUAUACGCCACCUCCAGGGUUUGAGAAAAGUCCACUACCAAUUACAAGACCUAUUCACCUGACACCACCCGCGUACAUAAUACAUCCUAUCAACAGAAAACCACCACCAUUACCUGUCUUCAGCCAACCGCCAACAAGACCUAUUCAUGUAGCUCCACCGGUUUACAUGGCACCAAAAAUUAACAAGCAACCGCCACCACCAUCACCUAUUAUCAAUUCGCCACCACCUAUUUUAAAGAACAACCCACCACCAGCAAGGAAAAUAGGAGUUCAACCACCAGUAUACAUGACACCGCCAUUGAACAUGCAACCACCACCUUCACCUAUUGUCUACACGCCACCGCCAAUUUCAGAAAAUAAUCAACCACCAGCAAGGAAUAUUCGAGUGGAGCCGCCAAUGUACACACCGCCAAUCAACAUGAAACCAUCACCUUCACCUAUAAUCAACAUCCCACCACCAUUUUUAGAGAAUAGUCCACCACCAUCAAGGCCUAUUCUAGUGAAUCCACCGAUAUACAUGUCACCGCCAAUCAACAUUCCACCACCACCUUCACCUGUUGUGGAGACCAGACCACCAGUUUCAAAUGACAUCCCACCACCACCUGCCGAUAGUCAGCCACCACUAGAAACCCUAGCUCCACUAGAUCCUAUUGACGAUCCACCCCAUUAUGAUAUGCCACCACAAACUCCGGUCAGCAUGCCACCACCCAUAAAUAAAGAACCUCCAGAAAUUCCAAUCGCCAUGCCACCACCCGUUCAACCACCAGAAACUCCAACCGACAUAACAUCACCCAUUGAGGAAGAACCACCAGAAACUUCACCACCGGUGAUGGAUGAACCACCAGAAACACCAACACACAAACCACCACCCAAUGAUGAAGAACCUCCAGAAAAUUCAGUUGGUAUGCCACCACCAAUGCAAACGAACAUGCCACCACCCGUUAGGGAAGAACCACCAGAAACUUCAAUCGGCUUGCCACCACCGGUGAUGGAUGAACCACCGGAAACACCAACACACAAACCACCACCCAAUGAUGAAGAACCUCCAGAAACUUCAGUUGGGAUAUCACCACCCAUGGAGGAUGAACCACCAAUGCAAACGAACAUGCCACCACCCAUUAACGAAGAACCACCAGAAACUUCAAUAAGCAUGCCACCACCGGUGAAGGAUGAACCACCAGAAACACCAACACACAUACCACCACCUAAUGAUGAAGAACCUCCAGAAACUUCAGUUGGUAUACCACCGCCCAUGGAGGAUGAACCACCAAUGCAAACGAACAUGCCACCACCAAUGAAGGAAGAACCACCAGAAACUCCAAUCAACGUGCCACCACCUGUGGAGGAUAAACCACCAGAAAUUCCAACCGAUAGGCCACUACCUAUACAAGAACCGUCAAUCGACAUGCCACCACCUAUAGAGGUUGAACCACCUGAAACACCAGGCAUCCAACCACCCAUGAGGGAAGAAUCCCCAGAAAAUCCAAUUGACAUCCCACCACCUAUAGAGGAUGAACCACCACCAACAGACAUCCAGCCACCUAUGAGGGAAGAACCACCAGAAACUCCAAUAGACAGCCCACCACCUAUGGAGUUUGAACCACCAGGAACUCAAACCGACGUGACACCACCUAUUAAGGAAGAACCGCCAGAAAUUUCAAUCGGUAUGCCACCACCCAUAGAGGAUGAACCACCAAAAAUGCCAAUCGACAUGUCACCACCCACUCAGGUAGAACCACCAGAAACGUCAAUUGGCAUGGUACCACCGGUGGAUGAUGAACCACCUGAAACGCCAAUAGAUAUGCAACCACCCCUUGGGGAAGAACCUCUCGAAAAUCCAAUCGACAUGCCACCACCUGUGGUGGAAGAUCCACCAGAAAUGCCAACCGACAAGCUACCACCCAUUGAGGAUGAACCAUCAGAAAAUCCGAUCAACAUGCCACCUCCAAUGGAGGAUGACCCACCGGAAACACCGAUUAAUAUGCCAACACCAAUUGAUGAUCAACCUCCACAAACUCCAGUCACUAUACCACCACUAAUCGAAGAUCAACGACUACAAACUCCAAUCGGAAUACCACCACCCAUUAAAAAUUAACCACCUGAAAAGCUGAGCUUUAUGCCACCAUCGACUGAGAAUCAGAUGAGUCGCAAACCGCAACACCACGUACAUAUAUAUCAUUUACAACUUAAAGUUGCUUCCCAGAGGAUGAUCCCACCUGUCACCAAUGGUGAGUGAUCUCAUCAUGAACAUGGUUAAUUUCCAUAAGUUUUAAUGAUGUGGACAUGCAUGCAUCGUAUGCGUGUAUCUUUUUUUUUUUUUUCCAAGAAUGUAACAUGAUGUGCAAAAGAAGUAUUCCACGUAUUGGUUGGUUUUGUUUUGGCUACUGUAGGUACUAAUUAACCAUAUAUUAAAAGGUUCAACUAAUUUCUGCGCAUCAGUCUGUGAAAUAGAUUGUUAUAAUCUUUCGACUUGACCUUCAGUAUUUACUUUAUAUUUGUAUGGUUGAACUUUUAAUACAUAUACAUUUAUUAAUUAAGACAAUUCGCGCGAGUGGGUAAAUUAAUUGUAUCUUCUCAUCGACUGUGUUUGGGCUAUAACUACGUACAUGUAGUCACCACAGGGUUUGA